AAUAAUUUUUAAUAGUUUUUAUGCGUUCGUCAAGAGAUAAUGAAAUAUAUUCAAUUCUGUAUAUACAUAUAUUAGUGGCCACACGUUAAUAUAGAAAUGUGUGAGUAGAAUCUCGACUGGUCAUUCGAUCUUAGACGCCAUUCGUUUUGGCGGGCACGUGUACGUUUUUCCAGUGUCGACCUAAACGAGUGUGUUCUACAAAUUUCAACGUUUGAAAUUUUUCUUUUCUUAUUACUAAUGAACAACAUUGUAUCAAAAAUGGAAUCCAUGGAAGUAACAGAAACUACCUCUGCGCCAAACAAAGAUGCAACUCCAUCGUCUUGUAGAGAAUCUGUUUCUGUGGAUGAUAUGACAUCGAGAGAUUAUUAUUUUGAUUCGUAUGCCCAUUAUGGAAUUCACGAAGAAAUGCUAAAGGAUGAAGUGCGUACAGUGACUUACCGUAACUCUAUGUACCAUAACAAACAUCUGUUCAAAGGCAAAACAGUCCUUGAUAUCGGUUGUGGAACUGGUAUACUCUCAAUGUUUGCUGCUAAAGCCGGGGCAACCAGAGUUAUUGGUAUCGAGUGUUCCAAUAUUGUUGAAUACGCAGAAAAGAUUGUAGAAGCAAACCAAUUGUCGAAUGUCAUAACAAUACUGAAAGGAAAAGUUGAAGAAGUUUCAUUGCCUGACGGCAUUGAAAAAGUUGAUAUAAUUAUUUCUGAAUGGAUGGGUUAUUGUUUGUUUUACGAAUCAAUGUUAGAUACAGUGCUUUUUGCUAGAGAUAAAUGGCUUCGUGAAGAUGGUAUGUUAUUCCCUGACAAAGCAACUUUAUUUAUUUGUGGCAUCGAAGAUAGACAAUAUAAGGAUGAGAAGAUUAAUUGGUGGGAUGAUGUAUAUGGAUUUGAUAUGAGUAGUAUAAGGAAAGUAGCUAUUAGCGAACCUUUAGUGGAUGUUGUGGAUCCCAAGCAAGUUGUUACAAAUGCAUGUCUUAUCAAGGAAGUUGAUUUAUACACUGUAACUAAGGCUGAUUUGGAAUUUUCGUCGCCGUUCACUCUACAAGUUCGCAGAAAUGACUAUGUUCAAGCACUAGUUACAUUCUUCAACAUCGAAUUCACCAAGUGCCACAAACGUAUUGGCUUUAGUACAGCACCGGAAGUACAGUAUACUCAUUGGAAACAAACUGUGUUCUACUUUGAUGAAUAUAUGACGGUCAAGAAAGGCGAAGAAAUAUAUGGUGUGUUUUCAAUGAAGCCCAAUGCAAGAAAUUACAGAGAUCUGGAUUUCAGCAUUGAACUAGACUUUAAAGGAGAAUUGUGCCAAGUACAUGAAACUAAUACUUACCGUAUGCGCUGAUGUCUAUCCGAUUAUUCAUCUUCUUCCUUUUAUUUUCAUGAUUCAUAACACUGUAAUCAAAUAGAAAUCAAGACUUUGAUUAUCUCAUUGGAUUAUAUUAGAUGAUUUAAUGAAAUUUAAUAGUACGGUACAAUGAAUGGUGUGACUUAUUUAAAUGUUUUUAUCCUUGAUUCUAAGAAGUUUAGAUGCUUCCUGCUUGAGAAUUAUUAGAACGUCCAAAACCUUGAUUAAUCUAGUUAGAAUUUACAAUAUUCAAGAGAAUAAGAUCAAUAUAUAACUUAAUCACAAACAAUGUACAUUUACAGAACAUUAUGUAAGAGCAUAUGAGAAGUAUGGGUAUUAGACAAUUCCAUGUUUUUACUUUUUUCCGUGACCACGUUACAUUACACAGUGGAAUAUUUUCUGCGAUUGUCUUAUGUGUAACUUAUAAUUUUGAAUGAUCGAAUCGUAGUAAUUUAAUACUAUAUACGGUAAAUUUAUUAAUUUGUUCAAAGGAAUAUACUACUUAUUUACCACGUUUUGUACCGUAUUCUUAAAACAGUUUUUUGAUUAAAUUCAUGGCAUGUAAAAUAUACACAAUACUGUAUUUCUGCAAAUAGUUUAAAACUGCGUUAUAUUCUGUACAACAAAUGAAAAACUUUAAUAUUAUAUUUUGUUAAUUUGAUAGUAAAUUGAAAUGUAUUAUUAUUACUAUUAUUAUCAUUAUCAACAGCAGCAACACCUUCCUGAUAUAAAUACAUACUUGAUAUCAGUGAUAUUUAUUGUAUUAUGCUAAUGUUUUUUGAUCAAAACAUUAAUUUAAUUUUUGUUCAUAACAUUUCAACUGUUAAUAUUGUUACAACAAAAUUAUGUUGCUUUUGUAAAGCAAUGUUGACUUUGUAACAAGCAUUUCUAAAAGAUUUCUACACUUAAAUAUUGAUUUAAAUUUUGUUAUUAAUUCUACUUAGUAUACAUGUAAAUUUUAUAUUUUAUAUAUUCUUCUAUAUUAUUCUGAAUUGGUAAUUGUCGUAACGUUGGAAAUUAAUAAAUUAAUUAUUACAUUUCUAAUAAA